UUAACUACAGCAGCUGUUGCCAUGAGAAAAGACAAGAGGCAAAAUGAGCGGCCACACCGAAGCUCUGGUCCAGCCAAUACAACGGAUACAAAAGGUGUUCAUGGUUUAGUCGGAUUAGAAAUAUCUUCAUUACGGAAAUCCCUCAAUGGAGGCACGCACUACAACUUUGAUCGGUUUUUAGCAAACUCAAUUCCGGAGCAGUACACAAUUGAGAUCAUAGAUGACGAGGCAAGGAGUAAUGAAUUAUUGGAUCAAAAGCCUGCUCUUCGCCUUUGUGAUAAUGACGAGAUUAGAGACAUGAGCUACCCGAAGGGAACUUUUGAUGAACUUCGACGUUCCCUAGCCGGGAAGUUUGUCACCAACCUGGUUGAUCAUCAGAAGAAUAAAGGUCCUUCUAGACUCAUAUACACCGUGGGAUCUGACCCGCUUGCUGAUGUGAUGUACACAAAAACGCAUGAGAAAUUGGCAAGACGAGAGCGUAAGUUCAACCUUGCGGACAGAACUCGAAUGCUCAAUGAAGUUGACAACUGUAUUGAAUUACUAUCAGUUUUGGGAACAGACAUAAAACGAGGCACAUUGAGAGAAACUUUGAGAAACUACAUUGUUGAAGACGUCGAAUUGAGUGAAGAACAAAUUUACAGACUGAGUCAACUUUUAGGUACGAUUACUUCAUUGAACGAUCCGACCGAUAGCAUUGAGAUGGUUCUCAAAUACAGGCUGACAAUCCGGGAAAUCCGAUUGUUUCUUCUUAACUAUGUUAAAAUCAAAACUUUAGAAGGGUUCUUGAAAAAGGAAGUCCAAAAAGUACAUAUGGAGCGGAUACGUCGAUACGAAGAGCCUGUCACGGAAUCAAACACUAGUGCACUAAGAGAUAGGAGGCUAUCUGAUAGGAAUGCAAGGAUGGGAAAGAUAGUCAAGGUAAAGUUUAAAGGUGGGGUCACGUUACUUAUAGACCCGAUCUGCAAGCCGAAGGUGACUAUUCCGAAGUAGAUGGAAAAGAAAUGAUUUCUUCUAUAGUAGUAAAUAGUUGGCGGACAUUCGCUAUAGGCUAUUUUGUAAGUGUACACAUCAAUUUAUGUAUAAAAACUGCACAAGCUUGGCAACUAUCACAAGUUAUAAUUAUCAAAAUCACUUGGAGAGUUCUUGGACAAUAGGGUGGCUGGAUAUUUCUUUGAGCCAA